AUUUUAAAAAAAAAAGACCACUUUACUUUGGAAUUAAUUGCCUCAAAUGCAUUUAUUUACUUAUUAUUUUAGCUAAAUCCAAAAUGUUUUGAGAAACUUGGCUGAUUAUAGAAAAACAACAACUAAAGAACGUAUACAAACAAUUUAUUUCCACCUUGGUUAUUAAGAUCUGAAGGCUAACAUGUGAACAAAAGGCUCCUUUGACGAAAGAAGAAAUUGUGGAAAGAGAAAAUUUAGCUCCUAAGCCAAAAAGUAUAUUUGUUCAUAAGAAUAAAAGUAAAAAUAUGAUGAAUCUAUAACUAUAUAAAAGGAGUCUUGUGUUUGUCUAAAACUAAAUGUUCACAUCCUGAAAAUAAAUUAAACUUCUACCGACACACGAACCAACUGGUGUCACGUGACCAGACUGUUGUCAUGUGACGUAUGCGGAAGUAGUAGCACCGGCCAUGAGCAGCUAAACAUUGAAAAGUUUUGUCGAGAGCUGCAGAAAAUGUCAGUUUUUACGAGAAUUUCUCUGAAGCCUGAAGUGGCCGAACAUCUACAGAGCGUCUUCUUGAACGCGGAGGUGUUGGCUGCAGUGGGUCACCAGGAGGCCGAGAGUCGUUUUCACCGGCUGCUCACAUGUCUCACACACCCGCCCUCGUACACAUGUGUUCGGGCCAGCACUCAUCUGGCCUCCCUGGAGGAGAUCAGACACAAGUUGGGAGAAGCGCUGACGAAGCAGCAGAUGUGCAGCUCGUCAGCCGAGGACGUCUCCCUUCGGAUCGUCCCUCACCCGAGAAUUCCAGAUGUGCUUCUGCUUCCUGUCGAUGGCCCAAGGCCCGUGAAGCAGCUCAGCUCAGAGGUGGUGGUCGGCGCUCAGUGCGGCAACGCUGUGCUGCGUGGGGCUCAUGUGUUCGCCCCGGGGAUCAUCGCCAGCCCCAAGUACAUGAAGGCUGGAGAUGUGGUUUCUGUGUUCUCUGACUUGGAGGGAAGGUGCACCCGAGGAGCCACGAGUUUCCAGGGGAAGAAGGUGUUUGUGGGAAAUGGAGUCGCUGAACUGGGCCGCUCCAGCAUCUUCUGCACAGAUAAACCGGCAAAAGGUGUUGGUGUUCGGAUGGUGGAUCCACUUUACCAGAGUCCUUCAUUCGAUGGUGUUCUUCCCAACCUGGCGUUCCUUCAGAACCUCCCGUCUGUGGUGGUGGGACACGUGCUCGGGCCUCGUCCUGGAGAACGGAUCCUGGAUAUGUGCGCUGCACCUGGAGGGAAGACCUGUCACAUCGCUGCCCUCAUGGGGGAUCAGGGAGAGGUCGUGGCCUUGGACCGGAUCCGAAAUAAGAUCGACCGAAUUCAUCAAAAUGCCCAAAUGAUGCAGUUGCGCAGCAUCAAAGCUUUUUGCUUCAACAGCACUCAGGCUGUGAGCAGUGACCCGGCGCACGGCACCGAAGGACCGCCCUUCCCUCCUGAGAGUUUCGACCGGGUUCUGUUGGACGCUCCCUGCAGCAGCCUCGGGCAGAGGCCCAACAUGGGCUGCACCUGGAGCCUCAAGGAGAUUUGCUCGUACCAGCCUCUGCAGCGCAAGUUGUUUCACGCUGCAGUGCAGCUGUUAAAGAAAGGCGGGGUUCUGGUGUACAGCACCUGCACAGUGACUCUAGCAGAGAAUGAGGAGCAGGUCGCCUGGGCCCUCUCUACCUUUCCCUGCCUCACGCUUCAGCCUCAGGAGCCUCACAUUGGUGCAGGAGGCAUGUUGGGAGCCGGCCUGCCACCUGAGCAGCUGCGCCUCCUCCAGAGGUUCAGUCCCGAGCUGAUCUGGGACCAGACGGAGACGACAGCUCCCCUCCCAGACAGAGCUGACAGGGACACUAUCGGCUUCUUUAUUGCCAAGUUCCUGAAAAACUGACCGGAGGGCACAAUGCUGUCUCCCGCAGCCCUCGUGUGGGACUGCAGACGGGAACAAUGGUGUUUAUAUUCUGACACACUGUGUGCUUUGACGCGCCCGUGUUGACAGAGACGCUGUUUACAGCAUCUGCCUCCAAACAGCUGCUCUCUGAAACUGCGGGCCAUAUAGGGAUAAGCUUUAUAAACACCGAGGGCAGGGGAG